AAAUGAAUAAAUAAAAUGCAGUUGUUCUGUGUACAUGAGUGUGGACUACAAGGCAUCAUCAGUGUGUGGUGGGAAGAAAAUGCAUCCUGGGCAGAGUGUCCUGGGCUUGAAUCCCUGCUUGAUAUUCACUAGAGUCCUCUCACGUUUCUCGGCUUUAGCUUCCCAGCUGUAAAAUGGGAGUAACACUAUUGAUCUUGCAAGGUUGCCGAGAGCCUCAGCUGAGAUUACCUGCGCAAAGCGCCGGACCCAGAACCUGGCACCUAGUGCGCACACAGUAAGUGUUAUUUCUUCUCCACUUUCCUUCCUGCCAUACUUGCCACCAUGUUUUGAGUUUCUGCAGAAUCAGGAAAAGCCUAGUUAGGCUAGAAAUCCCAACUCUGACUUUUCGUCCUCACCACAGUUCACCUAAAUAGUUGAUAUCUGCUUGAUGUUUUUUUCAUGGGCACACCAUUCUGGAUAUUGGGACCCUUGGAUUUUACUCUUGUGUUUACACCGUGAGCCAGAAGACUGUGUCCUACCCCCACCCCGCAACUUCCUCAUGGGGGUAACACCUGCCAGACAUUUCACUCCAUGAAGACAGUGUAUUUCCCACUGUGCUGCAGACACCAGUGGUUAAUGAGUCUCUUUUGUAUUGAACAGAACUGUGGACUGGGAGUAUCCCCCCGUGUCCAGACCAAGCUUGACUCCAAAUUCUCCCUUCCCUGUCAGCAGAUCUCAAAGCCACCAUCCUAAAACUGGAGAAUACAGACAGAGCUUCUUUGUGAGUCAUCUGGGGGUCUAGACUAAAUGUGAGAUCUGAGAACCCUCCUGGGAUUUCCUGGGUGGGGGUGGGGGGACAAAACCUGGAAACAGCAAGGGGGUAGGAGGGGAUGAUGAAGGCAGAAACAGGAAACAUGGGUUUGGGGUACACAGAGAGAGCCCUGUUCCAAGAGUCCAGCAACCAGGAUUAUCCUUCCAGUUCUGUUUCUGCCCUGGGUGAGGAAAGAAAGAAAGAAAAGAACUGUGAGUUCCCACGGUAUACUUUCAUGUAGGUUUUUAUAUAAACUUCCCAAUAGUCCUGCGGGAAGCUGAGAUUCAGAGAGGGUAGAUGACUAGCCUGCAGACACACAGCUCAGAAUCUAGGAAAAAGCACACACAAAUUAACCACCUCAGGUUGUUACCUCUCUCACUUCUCCUUGUGGGACAAAAAACCUCAAGCUUGGGGCAAGAGGAGAAACUAAGGAAUAGGGUACUUGAAAGGCCAGGUGAAUGUGUGAGACGCAGAGGAGGCUGGUUGGAGAAACCUUUAGGAAGCCCUGGGCUGGGCCAGAAGUCAUUAGGGUUGGGGCGUGAGCGUUCUGCCUCGGGUCUGUUUCUCACGCGGUCACAGAGGGUGAAGCAGGCCUGGGGCACAGGUGAAGGAUCCUGCAUGCAAAUCGUAUGAUUUACACGUAUAAUCCGGGAGAGGUUUACAAGCAAGAGGGCUUCCUGCAGCAACUAGGGGGUGCGGUGGGGUGGGGUGCGCUUCCCGCGUCCCAAGCCCAGGAAGGAAGCUCUUUGGUAGCAAGCACCCAGCCAGAGAUGGGCUGGAAGGCGGAGUUCUUAGUUCGGGAAUGGGGCUUCGCUAAGGGAGCCAAGGAAGAGAGGAGAGGUAUUCCUCAAUUCCUCUUCCUUGCGCCCCCUGGCUUAGCCUACGCAUCCUGGACAAAUCUGGGGGAGGGUUGCACCUGCAGCUUCGGGCGUCCCUGCUGACCCUCGGGGCCCAUUGGUUAGGGGUGAUGUCUGUUGUCGUCCUGCGCAUUCCGACACGAACGGGGAAUUUGAGUGGGUGACUCCACCAGGAACGCCGCAUCUAGAAAACGCGCCGCCCUGGACCUGGGGGCGACAGGCUGGGAAAGGCGCGUCUGGGGGCUCUGGUUUCUGGCUGGGCUGCCCGGGCCGCUGCAGGCGGUGGGCGGGAAUUUGCCAGGGGCGGGGCGGGGCGGGGGUCGGGGCGGCCUGGCAGUGGCCGAGCCGAGGGGGAGGGACGUUCAUUAGCAUAGCCUCCUCCCCUCCCGGCGCGGCCCUGCCCAGCAACCCGAGCGGAGGCCGGCGGCUGAAUGGGCGCUCGGCUCCGGGCCCCGGCCCUCCGGCGUCCCACCCUCGCUCCCGCUCCCGCCCCGCCCCGGCCUCCGCCGGCGGCCGCCAUCCGCCGCCCCGGCUGUGAAUGAAAGGCAGGCGCCGCCGGCGCUGGCUGCAGGCGACUGGGAGACGCGGCCUCCCAGGAGGCGCUCGCCCCGCAGAGAUGUACGGUGUGUGUGGCUGCUGCGGUGCUCUACGCCCCAGGUACAAAAGGCUGGUUGACAACAUCUUCCCUGAGGAUCCCGAGGAUGGCUUGGUGAAGACCAACAUGGAGAAGCUGACCUUCUACGCCCUUUCAGCUCCAGAAAAACUGGAUCGAAUUGGCGCCUACCUCUCCGAGAGGCUCAUCCGCGAUGUGGGUCGUCAUCGAUACGGGUACGUGUGCAUCGCCAUGGAGGCACUGGACCAGCUGCUCAUGGCCUGCCACUGCCAGAGCAUCAACCUCUUCGUGGAAAGUUUCCUUAAGAUGGUGGCCAAGCUGCUGGAGUCGGAGAAGCCCAACCUGCAGAUCCUCGGCACCAACUCGUUUGUGAAGUUUGCCAACAUCGAGGAGGACACCCCAUCCUAUCACCGGAGCUAUGACUUCUUUGUAUCCCGCUUCAGUGAAAUGUGCCACUCCAGCCACGAUGACAUGGAAAUCAAGACUAAAAUCAGAAUGUCAGGCAUCAAAGGUCUGCAAGGGGUGGUGAGGAAGACGGUGAACGAUGAAUUGCAGGCCAAUAUCUGGGACCCGCAGCACAUGGACAAAAUUGUCCCAUCACUGCUUUUCAAUCUGCAGCACGUAGAGGAGGCAGAGAGCCGCUCCCCCUCGCCCCUCCAAGCGCCAGAGAAGGAGAAGGAGAACCCAGCAGAGCUGGCCGAGAGGUGCCUUCGGGAACUGCUGGGCCGGGCCGCCUUUGGCAACAUCAAAAAUGCCAUCAAGCCUGUCCUCAUCCAUCUGGACAACCAUUCUCUUUGGGAACCCAAGGUGUUCGCCAUCCGUUGCUUUAAAAUCAUCAUGUACUCGAUUCAGCCGCAGCACUCCCACCUGGUUAUCCAGCAGCUCCUGAGCCACCUGGAUGCCAACAGCCGCAGCGCGGCCACGGUGCGGGCGGGCAUCGUGGAGGUCCUGUCGGAAGCUGCCGUCAUCGCCGCCACCGGCUCUGUCGGGCCCACGGUGCUGGAGAUGUUCAACACUCUACUGAGGCAGCUGCGGCUCAGCAUCGACUACGCCCUGACCGGGAGCUACGACGGGGCCAUCAGCCUGGGCACCAAGAUCAUCAAGGAGCACGAAGAGCGCAUGUUCCAGGAGGCUGUUAUCAAGACCAUAGGCUCCUUUGCCAGCACAUUGCCGACUUAUCAGCGCUCCGAGGUGAUACUCUUCAUCAUGAGCAAGGUCCCACUGCCUUCCCUGCAUCAUCCCAUGGAGACGGGGAAGACCGGAGAGAACAGGAACCGGCUGACCCAGAUUAUGCUGCUGAAAUCCCUCCUUCAGGUAUCCACAGGUUUCCAGUGCAACAACAUGAUGUCAGCCUUGCCCAGCAACUUCCUCGACCGCCUUCUGUCCACCGCCCUCAUGGAGGACGCAGAGAUCCGUCUCUUUGUUCUGGAGAUUCUCAUCAGUUUCAUUGAUCGUCAUGGCAACCGCCACAAGUUCUCUACCAUCAGUACCCUUAGCGACAUCUCUGUCCUGAAACUGAAAGUGGACAAGUGCUCCCGACAGGACACCGUCUUCAUGAAGAAGCACUCCCAGCAGCUCUACAGACACAUCUACCUGAGCUGUAAGGAGGAGACGAACAUACAGAAGCACUACGAGGCUCUCUAUGGCUUGCUGGCCCUCAUCAGCAUUGAGCUGGCCAAUGAGGAGGUGGUGGUGGACCUCAUCCGCCUGGUGCUGGCUGUUCAGGAUGUGGCCCAGGUCAAUGAAGAGAACCUGCCUGUAUACAACCGCUGUGCCCUCUACGCGCUGGGUGCAGCCUACCUGAACCUCAUCAGCCAGCUCACAACAGUACCUGCCUUCUGCCAGCACAUCCAUGAGGUGAUAGAGACCAGGAAGAAAGAGGCUCCGUACAUGCUCCCUGAGGACGUGUUUGUGGAGAGGCCUAGGUUGUCUCAAAAUCUUGAUGGAGUAGUGAUUGAGCUCCUCUUCCGCCAGAGCAAGAUCAGUGAAGUCCUGGGGGGCAGCGGCUACAAUUCAGACAGGCUUUGCCUGCCCUACAUCCCUCAGCUGACAGAUGAGGACCGCUUAUCCAAGAGGAAGAGCAUUGGAGAAACCAUUUCCCUGCAGGUGGAGGUGGAAUCUAGGAACAGCCCAGAGAAGGAGGAGCGAGUGCCUGCCGAGGAGAUCACCUAUGAGACGCUAAAGAAGGCCAUCGUGGACAGUGUGGCGGUCGAGGAGCAGGAACGUGAACGGCGGCGACAAGUGGUGGAGAAGUUCCAGAAGGCACCCUUUGAGGAGAUUGCAGCACACUGCGGGGCCCGGGCAUCACUGCUGCAGAGCAAACUCAAUCAGAUCUUUGAAAUCACCAUCCGCCCCCCGCCGAGCCCGUCAGGCACCAUCACCGCAGCCUAUGGCCAGCCUCAGAACCACUCCAUCCCUGUCUACGAGAUGAAGUUUCCGGAUCUGUGCGUAUACUGAAUGCCAAAAGACAGAGCUCCUCGUAGGGGUGGGGUCUGAGGGAGGGGCUCGCCCUCACAACCCACCCCUGGGACCUGGGAAUUGAACUGGGAUCGCAGAGAAAAUGCACCUUGGUUGGCAAGCGCCUCCCCAGCUAAGCAAAAUGGAGUGGCAGAGGGGGGUGGGGGGCCCUCUCGGCCCUCCCGGCCCUCCCACUUCCUCCUUGUCUUCCCUGAGGGAGAUCAGCCUCCUGCCCCUCGGGGGCCAAUAAGCAUCCCACCUGCCCUUUGUUUCCUCCUUUGUGUCAGCCUGGAGCCGGGUGCCAUGGGGGUCUUUUCAGAGGGAGGCUGGAGUCUCCAGAAGCUCCUCCUUGGUGUAGCAUGGCAAGGGCUCUCAGGCGGAUGGGUCCGGGGAGCAGAGCCACCAGUCCCCCGGGAGGGAACUAGACAGAGCCAGGGUCAGGCAGAGGAAGGCACCGACUGCAGUCCAGAGGAAGCGGGGGCAAGGCUCCCAGCUCCUCCUGGAAAGUGGUGGCAUACGAGGCUGGAAGAUGGCUGCGCUCUUCCAGAGUAUUCCCUCCCCUCAGCCCGGAGGCCUCUGGCCUCCGGGUGUCCCUUCCACUCUCCUGCUCACGCCGCCAGUUGUGUCCUUGUGAAUCUUUCUAGUAUUAGUUCAUAUCGAGCCCUUCCAACAGGAGUCCUUCCAACAGGAGCCCUUCCACACGGGGCAGGAAAGGAUGAAAAAGAAGGGCGGCAGGCUGGCCACAGAGAGGGCUGCCCCUCCCCAGGCUCGGCCUGCCUCCUGUAGAGGAGCGGGCGGGCGGAAGUGGGCGCAGUCACGCCCUCUGUGGCGUCUUCUCACUUCCUUCGUUCAGAGGGAGCUUGUUGGGUCCACCUGUGGCCCUCUCCCUUCCAGAUGUUUCUCUGAGUGGAGCUUUCUCUCUCUGAUGCCUUUCUUCCUGAGGAUCCUAGCAUGUUUCUACAGCCGCUGGGUUGCGGGAGGGCAGAAUGAGAGAAUCUGGUUCAAGAAGAUCUGGUUCUGCGUGGCAUGAGAGGAGCCGCAAGGGCCUGCAGGCCUGCCCACAUCACUUUCUUUGGGAGAAGCUCCCAGCCUGGUCUGGGGAAGGGGCGGGGGAGGGGGUUAUGGGGAGUAGUACUCUGCAUCUCAAGGAUGUCAGGAGUCAACCUAGUGGAUAUUUCGUUCAAGGAAAGAAGGAUCCAGCACCUAAUACUGGAAUGAUCUCUUCACUCUUUGGAUGAAGUCAGGACAUCAUCACUGCCAGCUGGCAGAGCUUGAGGCUUGGGGAGAGGCAGCAGAGACCCCUUUGGGUUCUGGGUUUCCAUUUUCCCUGAGUGCCAUCCGUGUGCAGAGGAGGGGCUGCUGCAGAGCUGGUAGGCCACUGUGCUUCCCCCCCCCCCCACCUCCCCCACCCAUCCUCCCUCCAGGGGCCUUUGUGCCUCCAGAGUCUCCUGGGCCCCCUCCAGCGGCAGAACCCCGUGGUCCAAAAUAGUCCUUUUCUUCUCUUCCAGGCAAACGUCCCCUAACUUUUCUGAGCCGAUGUAACUCACAGUAAAGUGUGAAUGGUCAGAUGAUCCCUCCCUGGAGAAUUUGUUUUUUAAAAAGAGGGAGGGUGAGUAGAUUUCUUGACCCAAAGGAAACCCUUUUGAGGGUACAAUUUUAGGCAGUGCGGGGAAGGGUCAGAAGCAGGAUGUUUCUGCUAAGGGGAGGGCAAGCUUCUCAGGCCACUCUCCGGUCACACCCGUGCACACAGCCCUGUGCAGACACACGAUGAAAGCCUGAUUAGUAGGACAAAUCUGUAUUUUCCCAAACUGGGAAAACCUUAACAUACGCACUUUCCCAGUACAUGUGCAAUAAACGGUUUGGGUGGAGGGGGCUAUCUGACUCUCGUUCCCGUAGUUUCUACCCUUGGUCGGUGCCCCUGUGCUGUGGGCCUGUGGCUUCCAGACAGCCUGCAUGAUUACAAGGCCCAAGGAGCCUGGCUCCCGCGCCCCACCCGCACCCCACCCCCACAGCUUUCGGUUGGGUUCUAUGGCUCUUGGCUAAUGCUCAACCCAAAUUUCUAAGCAUGAACUUAGAUUUCUCUUUACCUUACUAUCUCUUUAUUAGGAAACAAAGUUUAAAAUAAAAUGUGAAGGCAAAUAACCUUUGGAAAAAACUUGAGAGAAAAAUCUCAAUCUUGUGAGCCACAAACAUGUCUUCCCUUACUGGAUCUUUCCAUCUUUAUCCCCUACUUGACUUUGAUGAGAAACCUGGUUUCUUUCUCGUGUCUACUUGACUUUAGGGUCUACCCCAUGACAGCUGCACCCUGAGCACUGCCCUUUGGGGUCCUGGUCCUGGGGCUUGGGCGUCGCGACCCCAGAGCCUCUUUCUAGAGCCAGCCCCAGAACCAGAGAUCGGUAGUCCCACUCAGAUGCCUCCCCCUCUCCCCCACCCUGGGACUAGAGUGAAGAAAAAGGUACAGGGCUCUCAUUCUUCCUACACUCAACCCCGUAUCUGUCUGAAGCAGGCCUUUCUUUACAUCACGGCUGCUUAGCAGAGAUGUGCUUCUUUUGGAGAACUAGCCAUUUCUCGAGUGCUCUCUUCUCAGUUUCAGUUUAAAAACUUACACUCACGGGAAUAUUGGAUUGCCUGCUGCUGACAUGAAGCAGAACCUAGAUUCUAGCCAAAUAUGCCUCAGAGUCAGAAAGUGUAAGGUGACUGUUAACUCAGACAAUUACUUGGUCAACACAGCAGCGUCCUACACACACACACACACACACACACACACACACACACCCUUCCCGCAGGCUCAAGGAGAGAGGCAAAGCAGAGUGUGGGGGGCGCUCAGACCCUUGGCUUAGAACCACUGCUUACUGCCUUCCAAGCCCUCUGGCGUCUGGCAGUCCUUUGUCACAUGACCGACCCUUCUGGCCACCUGUCUCUGUUCUGAUUGUAAGCCAGCAAGCCCAUCCAAACCAGCUGCUCCCCAGAGCCGCUGAGGACUCUUGCUUCAUGCCCAAGGGGUAGGUUUGGUCAGCACUCAAGGCAUGAAUGUAUUUGAGAUUUGACGUUCUAUUAAUUUGGUUGAGUCAUGUAAGUGGAUAAGAAGCCGGUCAGCAGAAAGUACCGACAUGAUGCUGGAGGCUCCUUGUUUCCCUUGCAGUGGGGUCCCCAGUGCCCUGUGCCUGUUCCCAUUUUCCUCUCUCUGAAAAGCAGAGAUAAGUGGUUUCUUGACUCCUAGAUGCCUCCUCACCAAAGAAAGAGCCCAAACAGGUGAGAAGCAUUAGAAUAGCCCUCACUCAGAGGCUGUCUUCUGUCCAGCCUCCUAUACAAGUAUAAACGGAUGAGCAGUGAAAAGGUGGGACUGGGACCAUCUACAGUACUUGAGAAGUAUGAGGGACAUAUACAUGCUGCCCUUUGCCCUGGGUGUCCUGGGUCCCAUACGACGUGUUUCAGUCUGCCUAAGAGUCACAGCAGUCUUGGGGUACCGUUAAACAGUUCAAAGACCAGACUUGUGGGCUUCCCUGGGGGGCCCCUGGGUCAUGAUAGCUUCCAGUUGCUAUUACGUGGUCCCCAGGCCUUCUGUCCUGGGCACAGAGAGUGUCACCGAGAAGCGAGACCAUUUCUCCCAAUCCUUCUCUGUGACCAUAAAAUGGCAGCUGGCCUAUGGGGGUCUGCGGGAAAGGACUAGACCUGUGUGUAAGGUUGAGCGUUAAGCUUAAAGGUAGACAGGGAGGACAACUCAUCAGAGAGGUCAUGCCUGCUUCCCUUAACCCACAGACCCUGGAAGGCACAUCCUCCUGAAACAAGGUGUCUUCCUGGUGUCUGAGGAGGUUUAGGGCCCUGUGCUGCCUCUUCAUCCCCUAGAAAUCUUCUGGUUAGAGUGACCCUAGGUCUGAAGAUUGGGCCUGGCCAGCUGGGGAAGUGGGGAGGAAUCGGGGACUGUGAGCAGGGCUCUGUGGCCUGUUGGAGUCAGAAGGCAGUUUUCUGUGCUCUCCUUUAGCAUUGGCCAGGUUGGCCGGGUUUUUUCUCCUUCAGAGGACCUUGGGGCCUCGGGCGGUCACCUUCCCCUUCUGAGCUCUUCCUCCAUGAAUGUCGAUCCUGGCCCGUGGAGUGCAGAGCGGCAAAUCCCCGAAUGCCGCAGCAUUGCACAGAUUGUAACGUGUCUGUGUCCACUCGGACCUUCGUGACCUGGCUGAGAGUGUUAUGUGCCCACCUGCACACGUGUGUGUAGUGUAGUUCAUAGUUGGCAAUAUAUGUACAUAACAGCUGAAUUAUUUACAUGGGGGUGCAGAAUUAGUGCCUGUGGCAGUGUUCUGUAUUUUAAACUCAUUGAAUCAAAUUAGUUUUAUUUUAAGGAAGGGGAAAGAGGCUAGGGGUUGGGGGGCAGAUUGUAGGAAGAAGAACUCUUAGCAAGAUCGUUCUUUAGGAUUAUUAGUCAUGGUUUCCCAAUGAGUCUUCAUGAUGCCCUUUGCAAAUAAAUGUUAAUGUUGUCACCA